AUGCCCGAGUAUUUGGUGUUUUUCGUGCACCAGCACUUUGGUUUCCGUUAUCCAGAGUUGGAAGCUCUUCUAACGAUGCAAAAUCUUCCAGGCAUCACUGAUACGGUGUUGAAAGACCCAAAGACCCAAGAACUUCCAGAACCCGAAAGUUCACCGCUUGUUCGCUUGCACUUACCAUCAUUGGAACAUGCUAAGUUUCUUUCUGAGCGUGGAAUUCUCGUCAAGGGCGUAUAUGAAGUAUGGGGCCACACAGCUAAUGGAGGUGGCUACGACGAGCUCGUGACAUCAGUGGAGAACUUCCAAGGGCCUCACAAGCAGCAGAUUUUACAAGACAAACUAUGCUCGUGGCGCAUAAAUGUAAGUGUGUUUGGUAAAAAGCUCAGUAUGGACGAGCAGCAGAAACGACGUGAACGUUUCCGUCACGUGUUGCCCUUUGCUGGACCUGUGCAAAUGAAGAAUCCAGACGAGACUUUUCUGGUUCUGGAGGAAUUGGGACUGGAUCAGGAUCUGCAUCCGGACAUAAAGCCCAAGCAGAUUUUCUUUCUGCGUGAACUAGCAGGUAGUGAAAAGAAUCGAGGACGUGGCGGUGGUCGAGAUCUCGUCGACAAACAGACGCUAAAGCGUAGAGCCUACAUUGGCCCCACGUCAAUGGAGUCGGAGAUGGCGCUACUGAUGAGCAACAUGGCCCUAGUGCAGCCAGGAGACUUGGUGAUAGACCCAUUUGUAGGCACCGGCAGUGUCUUAAUUCCAUGCGGAACUCACGGUGCCAUGUGCUACGGCACAGAUAUUGACAUUCACCGUGUGAUCGAUGGCAAGGAGCGCGUCAACGUUGUAACUAACUUUAAACAAUACGGUCUGCCACUUCCGGAGCUUGUGCGCGCUGACAAUUCUGUGUCACCUUUUGUAAAGCAGUCUUGUGGUUUCUUCGAUGCGGUGGUGUGCGAUCCGCCGUAUGGUAUUCGCGCGGGCGCUCGCAAGAGUGGGCGAAAGCGUCAGAUCAAGAGUGAUGUUAACACCGCUCUUAAACAAACAAAUUACAUUGCGCCCACCCAGCCUUACGCGGCAGAAGAUGUGAUGACGGACCUAUUGGAGUUUUCAGCUCAGACACUGCGUGAGGGCGGGAGAUUAGUGUAUCUCUUGCCUACGACUUACGAAUACACCGAUGCCGAUCUGCCACGCCACCCUUGCUUGGAGGUAAUAGCGAAUUCGGAGCAGAAACUGACAAAAAAGUACGCGAGACGCCUCAUUACAAUGGUGAAGCGUACUCCAUCCGUAACGGAGAUGGAUAUGAUUGGAAGUGCAGUGACAUCAGUUAAAACCAACCCAGGUGAUGUAAGCUUUGCGAAUUUGCGAGAGAAAAUCCGAAAGCGCAAGUCCGACGACGUUGAAGGACUACAACUGCACUAG